CGGCUUGAUACGUCGUUUGAUCUGAGAAGCAGACCAGCUCAAGCGGAAGCCACCAAGUGUAGUGUUUCCGGUCAAUCGUUGGGAGUUGCUCACAUGAGUUCUCAGUGAUCCUAGAGCAGACAUUUGUCUGCCCCCCAGCCCAAGCUCCACAUGGCUCUCCCCGCCGGCACCAUGGCCUUCGUGCCAGCCCCCAGCCCCACAGUGGUGGACCAGACCACCCUCAUGAAGAAGUACUUGCAGUUUGUAGCUGCCCUCACGGACAACAACACCCCUGAUGAGACCAAGCUCAAAAUGAUGCAGGAGGUCAGCGAGAACUUUGAGAAUGUGACAUCAUCUCCUCAGUACUCCACCUUCCUAGAACACAUCAUUCCUCGCUUCUUGACAUUUCUCCAGGAUGGAGAGGUUCAGUUCCUGCAGGAGAAACCCACACAGCAACUGAGGAAGUUGGUCCUGGAGAUCAUACACCGUAUCCCCACCAACGAACACCUGCGGCCGCACACCAAGAACAUCCUGUCUGUCAUGUUCCGCUUCUUGGAGAUCGAGAGCGAGGAGAACGUGCUGAUCUGCCUGCGCAUCAUCAUCGAGCUGCACAAGCAGUUCAGGCCCCAGAUCUCCCAGGAGAUUCACCACUUCCUGGACUUUGUGAAGCAGAUCUACAAAGAGCUGCCCAAAGUGGUGGCACGUUACUUUGAGAACCCGCAGGUGAUAGCGGAGAACACGGUUCCCUCCCCAGAGAUGGUGGGCAUGAUCACCUCUGUCCUGGUCAAGACGGCCCCCGAGAGAGAGGACAGCGAGACACGCACGCACACCAUCAUUCCCAGGGGUUCUCUGUCGCUCAAGGUGCUAGCGGAGCUUCCCAUCAUAGUGGUGCUCAUGUACCAGCUCUACAAGCUGAACAUCCACAAUGUGGUGUCAGAGUUUGUCCCUCUCAUCAUGAACACCAUAAUGCUGCAGGUGUCCCCACAAGCAAGGCAACACAAGCUGUACAACAAGGAGCUCUAUGCCGACUUCAUCGCCGCUCAGAUUAAGACCCUGUCCUUUCUGGCCUACAUCAUCCGCAUUUACCAGGAUCUGGUAGGGAAGUACUCCCAGCAGAUGGUGAAGGGCAUGCUGCAGUUGCUGUCUAACUGCCCGUCCGAGACGGCUCACCUGCGCAAAGAACUCCUCAUCGCCGCCAAACACAUCCUCACCACUGACCUGCGCAGCCAGUUCAUCCCGUGCAUGGAUAAACUUUUUGACGAGUCUAUACUAAUCGGCUCUGGCUACACUGCCCGGGAGACACUGAGACCUCUGGCCUACAGCACCCUGGCUGACCUGGUGCACCACGUGCGUCAGAACCUGCCCCUGACGGACCUGUCCCUGGCCGUGCAGCUGUUCGCCAAGAACAUCGACGACGAGUCGCUGCCCAGCAGCAUCCAGACCAUGUCCUGCAAGCUGCUGCUCAACCUGGUGGACUGCAUCCGCUCCAAGAGCGAGCAGGAGAACGGCAACGGGCGGGACAUCCUGAUGAGGAUGCUGGAGGUGUUUGUCCUGAAGUUCCACACCAUCGCCCGCUACCAGCUCGUCACCAUCUUCAAGAAGUGCAAGCCCCAGUCAGAGAUGGGCGUGGUGGACCCGGUGGCAUUGCCUGGCGUCCCGGCCACGCCCACCCCGACCCCCGUCCCCGCCCUGCCCCCCCCGGUCCCCCCCACGCCCGUCACCCCUGCUCCUCCCCCCACCGCUGCCCUCGACCGGGCCGGGGAGAAGGAGGACAAGCAGACCUUCCUGGUGUCUGACUGCCGCAGCCUGGUCAAGACCCUGGUCUGUGGGGUGAAGACCAUCACCUGGGGGAUCACCUCCUGCAAGGCUCCUGGAGAGGCCCAGUUCAUUCCCAACAAGCAGCUGCAACCUAAAGAGACUCAGAUCUACAUCAAGCUGGUGAAGUAUGCCAUGCAAGCCCUGGACAUCUACCAGGUACAGGUUGCCAACAACCAGCAGACGUACAUCAGAGUGGCCAACUGUCAGACUGUGAGGAUGAAGGAGGAGAAGGAGGUGCUGGAGCACUUUGCUGGAGUCUUCACCAUGAUGAACCCCCUCACCUUCAAGGAGAUCUUCCAGACCACUGUCCCCUACAUGGUGGAGAGGAUCUCCAAGAACUAUGCUUUGCAGAUUGUAGCCAACUCGUUCCUGGCCAACUUGUCGACGUCGGCCCUGUUUGCCACCAUCCUGGUGGAGUAUCUCCUGGAGAGGCUUCCGGAGAUGGGCUCCAACGUGGAGCUCUCCAACCUCUACCUCAAACUCUUCAAGCUCGUCUUCGGCUCCGUCUCCCUGUUUGCGGCCGAAAACGAACAGAUGCUCAAGCCCCACCUCCACAAGAUAGUCAACAGCUCGAUGGAACUGGCUCAAUCAGCCAAGGAGCCUUACAACUACUUCCUGCUUCUCCGGGCUCUCUUCCGUUCGAUUGGUGGUGGCAGCCAUGACCUGCUGUACCAGGAGUUCCUGCCCCUCCUGCCCAACCUGCUGCAAGGCCUGAACAUGCUCCAGAGCGGCCUUCACAAGCAGCACAUGAAGGACCUGUUUGUGGAGCUGUGUCUGACGGUGCCCGUGCGCCUCAGCUCCCUGCUGCCCUACCUGCCCAUGCUGAUGGACCCGCUGGUGUCCGCCCUGAACGGCUCCCAGACCCUGGUCAGCCAGGGCCUCCGGACGCUGGAGCUGUGUGUGGAUAACCUGCAGCCCGACUUCCUCUACGACCACAUUCAGCCAGUCAGGGCCGAGCUCAUGCAGGCCCUGUGGCGGACCCUGCGUAACCCGGCGGAGACCAUCUCCCACGUGGCGUACCGCGUCCUGGGGAAGUUCGGGGGCAGUAACAGGAAGAUUUUCACUGACAAGUGGAUCCCCAGUGUGAUCAUCUCGCACCGCUACAAGGCCCAGGACACGCCGGCCAGGAGGACGUUUGAGCAGGCGCUGACUGGGGCCUUCAUGUCGGCCGUCAUCAAGGACCUGCGGCCCAGCGCGCUGCUCGUGGCCAGCCUCAUCCGCCACUACACCAUGGUGGCCGUGGCCCAGCAGUGUGGUCCGUUCCUGUUGCCGUGCUACCAGCUGGGCAGCCAACCAAGCACUGCCAUGUUCCACAGCGAGGAAAACGGCUCCAAGGGCAUGGACCCACUGGUCCUGAUCGACGCCAUCGCUAUCUGCAUGGCCUACGAGGAGAAGGAGCUGUGCAAGAUCGGAGAGGUGGCCCUGGCGGUCAUCUUCGACGUGGCCAGCAUCAUCCUGGGCUCCAAGGAGAGGGCCUGCCAGCUCCCUCUCUUCUCCUACAUCGUGGAGCGCCUGUGCGCGUGCUGCUACGAGCAGGCGUGGUACGCCAAGCUGGGGGGCGUGGUCUCCAUCAAGUUCCUCAUGGAGCGCCUGCCGCUCAUCUGGGUGCUGCAGAACCAGCUGACCUUCCUCAAGGCCCUUCUUUUCGUCAUGAUGGACCUCACAGGAGAGGUGUCCAACGGAGCGGUCGCCAUGGCGAAAACCACGCUGGAGCAGCUGCUGGUGCGCUGCGCCACGCCCCUGAAGGAGGAGGAGCGCAGCGAGGAGCUGCUGGCCGCCCAGGACAAGUCCUUCCACAUGGUGACCCACGACCUGGUGCGCGAGGUCACCUCCCCCAACUCCACCGUCCGCAAGCAGGCCAUGCACUCCCUGCAGGUGCUGGCCCAGGUCACCGGGAAGAGCGUCACCAUCAUCAUGGAGCCCCACAAGGAGGUGUUACAAGACAUGGUGCCCCCCAAGAAGCACCUGCUGCGCCACCAGCCGGCCAACGCCCAGAUCGGCCUGAUGGAGGGCAACACCUUCUGCACCACGCUGCAGCCUCGCCUCUUCACCAUGGACCUCAGCGUCAUGGAGCACAAGGUCUUCUACACGGAGCUGCUGAACCUGUGUGAGGCAGAGGACGCUGCUCUGAUGAAGCUGCCCUGCUACAAGAGCCUGCCCUCCCUGGUGCCCCUGCGCAUCGCUGCCCUCAAUGCCCUGGCAGCCUGUAACUACCUUCCCCAGUCGAGGGAGAAGAUCAUUGCUGCUCUGUUCAAAGCCCUCAACUCCACCAACAGUGAACUGCAGGAGGCCGGGGAGGCAUGCAUGAGGAAGUUCCUGGAAGGGGCCACCAUCGAGGUGGACCAGAUCCACACCCACAUGCGCCCCCUGCUGAUGAUGCUGGGCGACUACCGCAGCCUGACGCUCAACGUGGUCAACAGGCUCACCUCUGUCACGCGCCUCUUCCCCAACUCCUUCAACGACAAGUUCUGUGACCAGAUGAUGCAACACCUGAGGAAGUGGAUGGAGGUUGUAGUGAUAACCCACAAAGGAGGCCAGCGUAGCGAUGGCAGUCCUGCAUUGGAGGGCGUGGAGGAGAUGAAGAUAUGUUCAGCCAUCAUCAACCUGUUCCACCUGAUCCCGGCCGCCCCUCAGACCCUGGUCAAACCCCUGCUGGAAGUGGUCAUGAAGACAGAGAGGGCCAUGCUCAUAGAGGCCGGCAGUCCGUUCCGGGAGCCCCUGAUCAAGUUCCUGACCCGCCACCCCUCCCAGACCGUGGAGCUGUUCAUGAUGGAGGCCACGCUCAACGACCCCCAGUGGAGCCGCAUGUUCAUGAGCUUCCUGAAGCACAAGGACGCCAAGCCCCUGAGGGACGUGCUGGCCUCCAACCCCAGCCGCUUCGUCCCCCUGCUGGUGCCCACCAGUACUGCAGCCACCGUGCGGCCCGGCUCCCCCUCCACCUCCACCGCCAGGCUGGACCUGCAGUUCCAGGCCAUCAAGAUCAUCAGUAUCAUCGUGAAGAACGAGGAGGGCUGGCUGGCCGGGCAGCACUCUCUGGUCAGCCAGCUGAGGAGGGUGUGGGUGAGCGAGGCCUUCCAAGAACGCCACCGCAAGGACAACAUGGCCGCCACCAACUGGAAGGAGCCCAAGCUGCUGGCCUUCUGCCUGCUCAGCUACUGCAAGCGUAACUACUCUGAGAUCGAGCUGCUGUUCCAGCUCCUGAGGGCGUUCACCGGCCGCUUCCUCUGCAACAUGACCUUCCUGAAGGACUACAUGGAGGAGGAGAUCCCCAAGAACUACAGCAUCGCCCACAAACGAGCCCUCUUCUUCCGCUUCGUGGAGUUCAACGACCCGCACUUCAACGACGAGCUCAAGGCCAAGGUGUUGCAGCACAUCCUGAACCCAGCCUUCCUCUACAGCUUUGAGAAGGGGGAGGGGGAGCAGCUCCUGGGCCCCCCCAACCCUGAGGGGGACAACCCCGAGAGCAUCACCAGCGUCUUCAUCACCAAGGUGCUGGACCCGGAGAAGCAGGCUGACCUGCUGGACUCCCUGCGCAUCUACCUGCUCCAGUUCUCCACCCUGCUGGUGGAGCACGCUCCCCACCACAUCCACGACAACAACAAGUCCCGCAACAGCAAGCUGCGGCGCCUCAUGACCUUUGCCUGGCCCUGCCUGCUGCCCAAGGCCUGCGUGGACCCCGCCUGCAAGUACAGCGGGCACCUCCUCCUCGCGCACAUCAUCGCAAAGUUCGCCAUCCACAAGAAGAUCGUCCUGCAGGUCUUCCACAGCCUGCUGAAGGCCCACACCAUGGAGGCACGGGCCAUCGUGCGGCAGGCCAUGGCCAUCCUGACGCCGGCCGUUCCCGCCCGCAUGGAGGACGGCCACCAGAUGCUGACCCACUGGACCCGCAAGAUUAUCGUGGAGGAGGGCCACACCGUGCCCCAGCUGGUGCACAUACUGCACCUCAUAGUGCAGCACUUCAGGGUGUACUACCCAGUCAGGCACCACCUGGUGCAGCACAUGAUCAGCGCCAUGCAGCGCCUGGGCUUCACGCCCAGCGUGACCAUCGAGCAGAGGAAGCUGGCCGUGGACCUGGCCGAGGUCGUCAUCAAGUGGGAGCUGCAGAGGAUCAAGGACCAGCAGCCUGAGUCUGAAUCUGACCCGGCCCCCUCUGGAGAGGGCUCCUGCCCGGCGACAGGAGCCGGGGUGAAGAGGGGCCUCUCCAUGGACGCUGCCUCCUCCUCCUCUUCCUCCUCCUCGUCCGCCUCCUCCUCCUCCGCCGCCGCCACUCCCGGGCCGGACGCCAAGAGGUUCCGCACCGCCGCCGGCGCCGUGUCCACGGUGUUUGGCCGUAGUCAGUCCAUGCCAGGCACGGAGACCCUGCUCACCAAGCCGGUAGAGAAACAACACACUGACACCGUGGUCAACUUCCUCAUCAGGAUCGCCUGCCAGGUGAAUGACAGCACCAGCGUGGCCGGCUCCCCAGGAGAGCUGUUGUCACGGCGCUGCGUGAGCCUGAUGAAGACUGCUCUCAGACCCGACAUGUGGCCCAGGGCGGAGCUCAAACUGCAGUGGUUCGACAAGCUGCUCAUGACCGUGGAGCAGCCAGCCCAGGCCAACUUCUCCAACAUCUGCACAGGCCUGGAGAUCCUCUGCUUCCUGCUGACGGUGCUCCAGUCCCCGGCCAUCCUGGCCCACUUCAAGCCCCUGCAGAGGGGCAUCGCCGCCUGCAUGACCUGCAGCAACACCAAGGUCCUCCGGGCCGUCCACUCCCUGCUGUCCAGGCUCAUGAGCAUCUUCCCCACUGAGCCCAGUACUUCCACCGUGGCGUCUAAGUACGAGGAGCUGGAGUGCCUGUAUGCUGCCGUGGGAAAGGUCAUCUACGAGGGCCUCACCAACUACGAGAAGACCACCAGUAGUGCUAACCCUACCCAGCUGUUUGGAACUCUGAUGAUCCUGAAAUCUGCCUGCAGCUAUAACUCCAGCUACAUCGACCGGCUCAUAUCCGUGUUCAUGCGCUCGCUCCAGAAGAUGGUCCGGGAACAUCUGAGCCCUCAGCAGGCCAACCCUGGAGCCACAGAGACCAGCACAGUGACCAGCGAGCUGGUGAUGCUGAGCCUGGACCUGGUGAAGACCCGCCUGUCCGUCAUGAGCAUGGAGAUGAGGAAGAACUUCAUCCAGGUCAUCCUCACCUCGCUCAUCGAGAAGUCGCCCGACGCCAAGAUCCUGCGCGCCGUGGUCAAGAUCGUGGAGGAGUGGGUGAAGAACAACUCCCCCAUGGCAGCCAAUCAGAUGCCUAACCUGAGAGAGAAGUCCAUCCUGUUGGUGAAGAUGAUGACCUACAUCGAGAAGCGUUUCCCUGACGACCUUGAGCUAAACGCCCAGUUCCUGGACCUCGUUAAUUACGUCUACAGGGACGAGAGCCUGUCGGGCAGCGACAUCACGUCCAAGCUGGAGCCCGCCUUCCUGUCUGGCCUGCGCUGUGCCCAGCCCCUCAUCAGGGCCAAGUUCUUCGAGGUGUUCGACACGUCCAUGAAGCGCCGCGUGUACGAGAGGCUGCUGUACAUGUGCUGCUCCCAGAACUGGGAGGCCAUGGGCAGCCACUUCUGGAUCAAGCAGUGUAUAGAGCUGCUGCUGGCUGUGUGUGAGCGGAACAGCAUCAUCGGCACCAGCUGCCAGGGCUCCAUGCUGCCGUCCAUCACGCACGUCAUCAACCUGGCCGACAGCCACGACCGCGCCGCCUUCGCCAUGGCGACGCACAUCAAGCAGGAGCCGCGCGAGCGCGAGAACAGCGAGACCAAGGAGGAGGAUGUGGAGAUAGACAUCGAGCUGGCGCCGGGAGACCAGACGGCACUGCCCAAGACCAAGGAGCAGGCGGAGAGAGACGCUGGGAACCAGCUGCACAUGCUCACCAACCGCCACGACAAGUUCCUGGACUCUCUCCGAGAGGUCAAGACGGGGGCUCUUCUGAACGCCCUGGUGCAGCUGUGUCACAUCUCCACCCCCCUGGCUGAGAGGACCUGGGUCCAGCUCUUCCCCCGCCUCUGGAAGAUCCUGUCCGACCGACAGCAACACGCCCUGUCGGGGGAGAUGAGCCCCUUCCUGUGCAGUGGGAGCCACCAGUCUCAGAGGGACUGCCAGCCCAGCGCCCUCAACUGCUUCGUGGAGUCCAUGUCCCAGUGCGUGCCCCCCAUCCCCAUCCGGCCGUGCGUGCUCAAGUACCUGGGCAAGACCCACAACCUGUGGCUGCGCUCCACCCUCAUGCUGGAGCAGCAGGCCUUCGAGAAGGGCCUCAGCCUGCACAGCAAGCCCAAGCAGAGCACCGACUUCUACGAGCAGGAGAGCAUCACGCCCCCCCAGCAGGAGAUCCUGGACUCCCUGGCGGAGCUGUACUCCCUCCUGCAGGAGGAGGACAUGUGGGCGGGGCUCUGGCAGAAGCGCUGCAAGUUCCCGGAGACCGCCACCGCCAUCGCGUACGAGCAGCACGGCUUCUUCGAGCAGGCCCAGGAGAGCUAUGAAAAGGCCAUGGAGAAGGCCCGGAAGGAGCAUGAGAGGAGCAACACCUCCCCGGCCAUCUUCCCUGAGUACCAGCUCUGGGAGGACCACUGGAUACGGUGCUCCAAGGAGCUGAACCAGUGGGAACCCCUGACGGAGUACGGCCAGUCCAAAGGCCACAGCAACCCCUACCUGGUGCUGGAGUGUGCCUGGAGGGUCUCCAACUGGGCAGCCAUGAAGGAGGCGCUGGUACAGGUGGAGCUGAGCUGUCCUAAGGAGAUGGCGUGGAAGGUGAACAUGCACCGGGGCUACCUGGCCAUCUGCCACCCGGAGGAGCAGCAGCUGAACUUCAUCGAGAGGCUGGUGGAGAUGGCCUCCAGCCUGGCCAUCCGGGAGUGGAGGAGGCUGCCCCACAUCGUCUCCCACGUACACACACCUCUGCUGCAGGCUGCCCAGCAGAUCAUUGAGCUCCAGGAGGCGGCCCAGAUCAAUGCAGGGCUGCAGCCGGCAAACCUGGGCCGCAACACCAGCCUCCACGACAUGAAGACGGUGGUGAAGACCUGGAGGAACCGCCUGCCCAUCGUGUCUGACGACCUGUCUCACUGGAGCUCCAUCUUCAUGUGGAGGCAGCACCACUACCAGGCCAUUGUGACAGCGUAUGAGAACAACACGCAGCACGACCCCAACACCAACAACGCCAUGUUGGGCGUCCACGCCUCCGCCUCCGCCAUCAUCCAGUACGGCAAGAUCGCCCGCAAGCAGGGCCUGGUGAACGUAGCCCUGGACAUCCUGAGUCGCAUCCACACCAUCCCCACCGUGCCCAUCGUCGACUGCUUCCAGAAGAUCCGGCAGCAGGUCAAGUGUUACCUGCAGCUGGCCGGAGUCAUGGGCAAGAACGAGUGCAUGCAGGGUCUGGAGGUGAUCGAGUCCACCAACCUCAAGUACUUCACCAAGGAGAUGACUGCAGAGUUCUACGCCCUGAAGGGCAUGUUCCUGGCCCAGAUCAACAAGUCUGAGGAGGCCAACAAGGCUUUCUCGGCAGCAGUGCAAAUGCACGACGUGCUUGUUAAGGCCUGGGCCAUGUGGGGGGACUACCUGGAGAACAUCUUUGUCAAGGACCGCCAGCUGCACCUGGGCGUGUCGGCCAUCACCUGCUACCUGCACGCCUGCCGGCACCAGAACGAGAGCAAGUCACGCAAGUACCUGGCCAAGGUCCUGUGGCUCCUGAGCUUCGACGACAAGAACACGCUGGCCGACGCCGUGGACAAGUACUGCAUCGGGGUGCCGCCCAUCCAGUGGUUGGCAUGGAUACCACAGCUGCUGACCUGCCUGGUGGGGUCGGAGGGCAAGCCCCUGCUCAACCUCAUCAGCCAGGUGGGCAGGGUGUACCCCCAGGCUGUCUACUUCCCCAUCAGGACCCUCUACCUCACGCUCAAGAUAGAGCAGAGGGAGCGCUACAAGAGCGACUCGGGCCAGCAGCAGCCCAGCUCGGUGGGCUCCCAGAGCCACUCUGCGUCGGACCCGGGCCCCAUCAGGGCCACGGCGCCCAUGUGGCGCUGCAGCCGCAUCAUGCACAUGCAGCGGGAGCUGCACCCCACCCUGCUGUCCUCCCUGGAGGGCAUCGUGGACCAGAUGGUCUGGUUCAGGGAGAACUGGCACGAAGAGGUGCUCCGCCAGCUCCAGCAGGGCCUGGCCAAGUGCUACUCGGUGGCCUUCGAGAAGUGCGGCGCGGUGACCGACGCCAAGAUCACGCCGAACACGCUGAACUUUGUGAAGAAGCUGGUGAGCACGUUCGGCGUGGGCCUGGAGAACGUGUCCAACGUGUCCACCAUGUUCUCCAGCGCCUCCGAGUCGCUGGCCCGCCGUGCCCAGGCCACCGCGCAGGACCCCGUCUUCCAGAAGAUGAAGGGCCAGUUCACCACAGACUUUGACUUCAGUGUCCCAGGCUCCAUGAAGCUCCACAACCUCAUCUCCAAGCUGAAGAAGUGGAUCAAGAUCCUUGAGGCCAAGACCAAGCAGCUGCCCAAGUUCUUCCUGAUCGAGGAGAAGUGUCAGCUUCCUCAGCAACUCUCAGCGCAGACCGCCGAGGUGGAGAUCCCAGGAGAGUUCCUCAUGCCCAAACCCACGCACUACUACAUCAAGAUCGCCAGGUUCAUGCCCCGGGUGGAGAUCGUCCAGAAGCACAACACUGCGGCCCGCCGCCUGUACAUCCGGGGCCACAACGGCAAGAUCUACCCCUACCUGGUGAUGAACGACGCCUGCCUGACCGAGUCCCGCAGGGAGGAGCGUGUCCUGCAGCUACUGCGCCUGCUCAACCCCUGUCUGGAGAAGAGGAAAGAGACCACCAAGAGGCACCUGUUCUUUCACCGAUCCCCCGGGCCGUCUCCUGAUCCCCUGGGCCGUCUCCUCUCCCUCCAGGACACGGGGAAGCUCAACGUCUCCUACUUCCGCUUCGACAUCAACGACGCCUCGGGCGACCUGGACGCCAACCGGCCCGUGCCCUUCCGGCUGACGCCCAACAUCUCCGAGUUCCUGACCCCCAUCGGUGUGUCGGGCCCGCUCACCGCCUCCAUGAUCGCCGUGGCGCGCUGCUUCGCGCAGCCCAACUUCAAGGUCGACGGCAUCCUGAAGGCAGUCCUUCGAGAUGAGAUCAUUGCCUGGCAUAAGAAGACCCAGGAAGACACGUCCAUGCCCCUCCCCGCUGGCCAACCAGAGAACAUGGACUCCCAGCAGCUUGUCUCAUUGGUCCAGAAGGCUGUCACCGCCAUCAUGACCCGCCUCCACAACCUUGCCCAGUUCGAGGGCGGGGAGAGUAAGGUGAACACGCUGGUGGCUGCAGCCAACAGUCUGGACAACCUCUGUCGCAUGGACCCGGCUUGGCACCCCUGGCUAUAGGAGAGGACUUCAGGCCAACAGUAUGGAAGAAUCCUGGGAAAGGGAUGAUACUUCCUGUCUUGUUGUUGUCAUGUCAACCAUGUGGAGACUGUGCUGUCAGCUGUUUUGGUGGGCAUAGCAGUCUGGAUGGACACGCAGGAACACUCUUUACUGCGGAAGGAACAGUUGAGGUUGUUAAAAUGGAAAAACGAUUUUGUGUCCACUUCUACUGAAGAUCCUGUUUAUUCGUUGAUUAGAAAUAUCCUUUUGCAUCAUUAUUUAAAACAAAACCAUUGAACUAAUGCUUAGAUCCCUUUUUUACAUAUCCCUGAAUAUUGAAGAAUAAUGUCCUCCUGUGAAUAACUGAUAAAGCUGUAUUGUUUGGUUUCCACUAGCUGUAGUAUGACUUGUUUAUUAGCUACUUUAAAAUACAUUUUAACUUGAGUUAGUUCAAGGGGCCAGAGGAGUCGGUGUAAGGGUAUACCUGUACUGUCCUGUCUCUACUGUACAGUAUUCCAUCCUGUACUGUACUCUACUGUACUGUGCUCUAUACAGUCCAGUAUUCCAUCCUGUACUGUACUGUACUGUGCUCUAUACAGUCCAGUAUUCCAUCCUGUACUCAGCACGACUGCUGCAGUGUGGCAGCAGAGACAGUGAGGCUGCCUGCCUCUGUUACUAGUGUUCCUGGUGAAGCUGGCCUGCCUCAAGCCAGGUUUUGUAUGCCGUCUCCCCCCUCUUUUGUAAAGGUACAGCUUUAUACCAACUAAAGGAUUGUUAUUCUGCCAUGUAAAUAUGCAUUUUGUUUUAUUAAAAUGCUCUUUUUUUUUAAA